GUCAGAAACGUCAAAAUCACACGAGCCGAGAAUCGAUCUGCGACCUGCGAGGUCUUGCGCAAGAAAAUCACAAAUUUUCACUCGCUGCAAAUUUCGUGUAUUUCUCGGUGGUUUUUACUGUAAAAUUACGGUUCAGCAAGUGUAAAUCGGUGUAAAAUGUCUACCUACGUUGCGUUGCGUGCGGUUUUGAACCCAGUGGCCCGCAAGACACUGACCCAGUUCCUGUUCAACACCGGUGCCAGUUUGAAUGCGGCCCGCAUCUGUCCGACCAUCUGCCAGAAGCGGUUCUACGCCGAGAAGGUAGUGUUCAAACGGGACAAACCGCACUGCAACGUCGGAACGAUCGGUCAUGUCGACCACGGUAAGACUACCCUGACGGCCGCUAUCACCAAAGUGCUCGCCGAUAAGGAUCUGGCCGAGAGCAAAAAGUACGCCGACAUUGACAACGCACCGGAAGAGAAGGCGCGAGGAAUCACGAUUAACGUUGCUCAUAUUGAGUACCAGACGGAGAAUCGGCACUACGGUCAUACCGAUUGUCCCGGACAUGCCGAUUACAUUAAGAACAUGAUCACCGGAACGGCCCAGAUGGAUGGAGCCAUCCUGGUGGUGGCCGCGACGGACGGUGCUAUGCCGCAAACGAGAGAACAUCUGCUGCUGGCCAAGCAGAUUGGUGUCAAUCACAUCGUCGUCUUCAUCAACAAGGUGGACGCGGCCGAUCAGGAAAUGGUAGAUCUGGUGGAGAUGGAAAUCCGCGAACUUAUGUCCGAGAUGGGCUUCGACGGGGAUAACGUGCCCGUCAUUAAGGGAUCGGCUCUGUGCGCCUUGGAGGGCAAGAGUCCCGAAAUCGGCGCUGAUGCCGUCAUGAAGCUGCUGGAGGAAGUGGACAAGUAUGUUCCGACGCCUACUCGGGACCUGGACAAACCGUUCCUGCUGCCGGUGGAAUCGGUGCACAGCAUUCCCGGUCGCGGCACUGUGGUCACGGGACGUUUGGAACGCGGCGUUGUCAAGAAGGGCAUGGAGUGCGAGUUCGUUGGAUACAACAAGGUAAUCAAAUCGACCAUCACCGGCGUCGAGAUGUUCCACAAGAUUCUGGAGGAAGCCCAGGCUGGCGAUCAGCUGGGUGCCCUGGUGCGCGGUAUCAAACGUGACGACAUCAAGCGCGGAAUGGUGAUGUGCAAGCCGGGCUCGGUCAAGGCCAACGACAACUUCGAAGCGCAGGUGUACAUCCUGAGCAAGGAGGAAGGCGGUCGCCACAAGCCGUUCACCAGCUUCAUCCAGCUGCAGAUGUUCUCGCGUACGUGGGACUGCGCCACCCAGGUGCAAAUUCCCGGCAAGGAGAUGGUCAUGCCCGGUGAGGAUGCCAAGCUGCAGCUGCGUCUGAUGAGGCCCAUGGUCAUUGAGCAGGGUCAGCGGUUCACUCUACGCGAUGGACACAUUACGUUGGGAACCGGAGUCGUUACCAAGGUGCUGUCGCCGCUGAGCGAAAAGGAACGAAUGUCGCUGGUGGAAGGCAGGAAGGCUCGUGAGAAGGCUUCCGGAAAGGCCUAAAAGGGAGGGUGUGGCCACACUACUGUCUCCUUGCUUUUAAGUACACAUUGUCAUAAAGAUUAUCAGUUAAGUCUGGAUUGAUGUUAGUUGGGUAGUUCCGAACGAAAUCGUAUUGCUAAUAAUAUAUUACUUAUUGGAAUAACAAUA